UUCCCUGGCGUCAAAAUAAAUCAUCAUCCCUCCCUCCCUGAGUCCCUGGCUGCUUUAAACUUUCACCACCACAAGUCCACUAUAAUAAAUAACAAAUAAUAAUAAUAAACAAUAAGAAUAUUCCCUCAAAAUAUUUGGGAAGUGGGCCACGCCCAGUCAAACCCACACACGCAGCCAUCUUUCUCUGUGUGUGACUAACAACUCCCUCACUUGACCUGACCCGAUUGAUCAGACCAGAGCAUAUCAGACCUCUCAAUAAUGGCAGCCAUUAUUAACUUACGAACAAUUUCACCAGCAGCAGCAACAGCAUUGAAUUUGAAUUCAGAUCGUCUUUCUUCAAAAUCUUGUCUUAAUUAUAAUAAUAAUAAUGAAGAAUCAUUAUUCAUCAAUAGUAAUAAUAAGAAACAAAUCACGAAGUUAAUGACUUCGACGGCGGCUGUUGUUGUCAAGUGUAUGAAUAUCGCUGAGCCGGUUUUUUCUCCCAAUGGUCCCCUCUUUCCCCCAUCUAGCGAUGGCAGUUUGAGGCAACCUCAGAUAUCUCAGAUUGCUCAAAGGAAAACAAAGAUAGUGUGUACGAUUGGUCCUUCAUCAAGCUCACGGGAAAUGAUAUGGAAGUUGGCUGAAACAGGGAUGAACGUUGCACGUCUAAAUAUGUCACAUGGGGAUCAUGCAUCACAUAAGAAAACCAUUGAUCUAGUGAAGGAAUACAAUGCUCAGUUUGAGGAAAAGGUUAUAUCAAUAAUGUUGGAUACUAAGGGACCUGAGGUCAGGAGCGGAGAUGUAUCUAAACCAAUACUCCUUCGUGAAGGACAAGAAUUCAAUUUUACAAUUAAUAGGGGAGUCAGCACAGAGGACACUGUUAGUGUAAAUUAUGAUGGCUUUAUAAAUGAUGUCGAGCCUGGAGAUACACUACUGGUUGAUGGCGGGAUGAUGUCAUUGGCUGUUACCUCUAAGACCAAAGAUUUAGUAAAAUGUGAAGUAAUUGACGGCGGAGAAUUAAAAUCAAGGAGACAUCUUAAUGUCCGUGGAAAAAGUGCAACUUUGCCUUCAAUAACAGAUAAAGACUGGGAAGAUAUACAGUUUGGAGUGGACAACGAGGUUGAUUUCUAUGCCGUCUCAUUUGUGAAGGAUGCUGAAGUGGUUCAUGAGCUUAAAGCUUAUCUCAAAAGAUGCAAUGCAGAUAUCCAUGUGAUUGUGAAAAUCGAGAGUGCGGACUCAAUAGUGAAUCUUCCUUCUAUACUUGCCGCGUCUGAUGGGGCAAUGGUUGCACGUGGUGACCUUGGUGCAGAGCUUCCUAUUGAAGAAGUCCCUAUAUUGCAGGAAGAUAUCAUUAGAAGGUGCCAAAACUUGCAGAAACCUGUUAUAGUAGCAACAAACAUGCUGGAAAGCAUGAUUGAUCACCCAACCCCUACAAGAGCUGAAGUCUCUGACAUUGCAAUAGCAGUUCGACAAGGUGCCGACGCUAUCAUGCUUUCUGGAGAAACUGCCCAUGGCAAGUUUCCACUGAAAGCUGUGAAAGUUAUGCACACUGUGGCAUUGAGGCUUGAAUCAAGUUCUGUUAACCCGGUUCCCCCUGUUCGUAAAUCUCCUUACAAGAGCCAUAUGGGUCAAAUUUUUGGCUUCCAUGCUGCAACAAUAGCCAACACUCAGUCUACUCCUAUCAUCGUAUUCACAAGAACAGGGUCCAUGGCUGUAACUUUAAGCCAUUACAGGCCAUUCUCAACUAUCUUUGCCUUCACAAAUGAAAAAAGAAUUAAGCAAAGAUUGAUGCUUUACCAUGGGGUGAUGCCCAUCUAUAUGGAGUUCUCUGAUGAUGCCGAAGAAACCUUUUCAAGAGCUCUGAAAAUUCUAGUGGAUAAGAGUUUGGUGAAGGAAGGGCAGUAUGUUACCCUUGUCCAAAGUGGAGCGCAACCAAUUUGGCGUCAAGAGUCUACUCACCACAUACAAGUUCGUAUGGUCCAAGGUUGACUCACAUACAUAAAGUAACUCUCUACAAAUGUUCUUAAAGUAUCUAAAGCUUGUCUCUGUUUCUUUUCUUUCUGACCGUUCAUAUAAGUUUUUCACUUAAACUGUCUCCUUAAAGUCAAGAGUAAUCAGCAAACAACUAUUCUGGGUACCAAAUACUAGGUUCGAUGUAUAUUUAUACAUUAGGAAGUUUUGAUGUCCCCCAGCAAAGAAGAGGGAAACAAGAUGGAAAUUUUGUUACUUGAUGGAAACCAAUCAAAUGUCUUUUUCUAUAGCAAUUUUUCUAAUUAUUUUUAAUUUUCUUAAAAUACAGAAUGUCGCUAAGAGAGUUUGUUCAUCUUGAUCUUUCAUAUAUGUAUAUUAACAUAUAUGGUGUUCCUUUUGGUUA